CCCACCCAACAUGGAAAGAAGAAGAAGACCAAGCAGGGUUACGUGUUUCCGCAUCCUCUCAGCACCACCACAGCAAAAUCUUUGACAGCUGCUGGGUCUGUGGAGGUGUGGGUACAGGUGAAACUAGAUUUACUGACAUCAUGGAGGACAAGGCACAGAUACAAGAAGCGAUUAAAAGCCAAGGAGAAGUCGUUCGGAAGCUAAAGACAGAAAAGGCGAGCAAAGAUCAGUGCUAGGGUUGCUUACCACUUUUCUCCUGUUCUUCCUGCCGGACCCUGGAUGACCCUGGCCUGCCUUCUUCAUCACCAUCAUCUACCUUGACACUCAUCAAUGGACUCACUACCUUGCUGUCUUUCUAACCACUGUUCUGACCUGCACUGGAAAAUACCUCUGGACAUUGCUUUACCCAUGAUGCACUCCUGAACUUCUGCCCGUCCACUUUUUGCCUGUAUAUUUUUUUACCCUCAUGUUGUUGUAUCCCCGGUGCUGCUGGACAAACAUGCUGGGCAUGUUUUGUGUUCGUGCUUUUGGAUUGGCGGGCUGUCGGACUGCAACUUGUGCCCGAUCUUUACACACUCUCCCUGGGAUCACUGUGGCUCAGAUCGAUGAAGAAGUUGCCAAACUGCUCGAGUUGAAGGCUAAGUUAGGAGGAGAUGAAGUCAAACAUCAGUUUGUCCUCAAGACGGCAAAGGGGACAAGGGACUACAACCCCAAGCAGAUGGCCAUCAGAGAGAAAGUCUUCAGCACCAUCAUUAGCUGCUUCAAACGCCACGGAGCCGAGACCAUCGACACGCCUGUUUUUGAACUGAAGGAAACAUUAACGGGGAAGUACGGAGAGGACUCCAAGCUCAUCUAUGACCUGAAAGAUCAAGGAGGAGAGCUGCUGUCCCUCAGAUAUGACCUCACUGUGCCCUUUGCUCGCUACCUGGCGAUGAACAAGAUAACCAACAUCAAACGCUACCACAUCGCUAAAGUAUACCGCCGUGAUAACCCGGCCAUGACUCGCGGACGCUACAGAGAGUUUUACCAAUGCGACUUUGACAUUGCAGGGCAGUAUGACGCCAUGAUUCCAGACGCUGAGUGUCUGAAGAUCGUCCACGAAAUCCUGAGCGAGCUGGACCUCGGAGACUUCCGUAUCAAGGUCAACGACAGACGCAUCCUUGAUGGGAUGUUCGCUGUGUGCGGUGUCCCAGAUGACAAGUUCCGCACUAUCUGUUCAACAGUGGACAAACUGGACAAGAUGCCCUGGGAGGAAGUGAAGAAGGAGAUGGUGAAUGAGAAGGGCCUGUCGGAGGAAGCCGCCGACCAGAUCGGGGAGUACGUCAGUAUGCAGGGAGGGAGGGACUUAGCGGAGCGCCUCCUUCAAGACCAGAAGAUGUCUCAGAGUAAACAGGCCUGUGCUGGUCUGUCCGACAUAAAGCUGCUCUUCAGCUACCUGGAGCUCUUCCAGGUCACUGACAAGGUGGUGUUUGAUCUCAGUCUGGCCCGGGGUCUGGACUAUUACACAGGAAUCAUUUACGAGGCGGUGCUGACUCAGGCAGGCGUGGCCCAGGUGUGCUCUGAAGCACAGAACGGUGCCCCCUCAGAGGAGAGCGUCAGCGUGGGGAGCGUGGCCGGCGGGGGGCGAUACGACGGCCUGGUGGGCAUGUUCGACCCCAAGGGAAGGAAAGUGCCGUGUGUGGGCGUCAGCAUCGGCAUCGAGAGGGUCUUCUCCAUCAUGGAGCAGAAGGCGGAGGCCUCAGCAGAGAAGGUUCGUACCACAGAGGUUCAGGUCAUGGUAGUGUCUGCGCAGAAGAACCUGCUGGAGGAGAGACUCAAACUCAUCUCUGAGCUCUGGAACGCUGGCAUCAAGGCAGAAGUGAUGUACAAGAAAAACCCCAAACUGCUGAGUCAGCUGCAGCACUGUGAGGAGUCGGGAAUCCCUCUGGUGGCCAUACUGGGAGAACAGGAGCUGAAGGAUGGAGUGGUCAAACUGCGGGUGGUGGCUACCCGAGAGGAGGCUGAUAUAUCCAGAGCAGACCUCAUAGAUGAGAUCAGGAGGAGGACCACUGAGGCCUAGUUGACCCUCCCCUCGCCACAUCACCUGCUCGCCUCACACACACAUACAUGCAUACACACACAUACACACCUGCAGAACCCCAAACAGACAUUCUUGUCCAGUCUUCAGUAGAGCAUGUUGGACAUCAUGUAGCCCUGAAAACACACGUCUGUCUUUGUUGUCCUCGUAGCAGCUGCACAGACUGGUGUUGUAUGGAGUGUGUGGUGCUCGCAUUGCACUAACGAAGGCUGUUACGAGGGCAGUGAAGCUAACUGAAAGUGAGUUCAACAGGAUGUGCUUCUUCAAAGGGAACACUGUAAUCAGAAAACCUCACAGGAAACAUGGUGUUUAGGUUAAGACAAAAAUGAUCUUAAUUAAAACAUCUUCUGGUUCAAGUUUUGUUUGUUUAUCCAAAAAGUGAUGAGAACAUAUUUAAAGCGACAGCCUGUGUGACAGGAUGUAAGGCCCCACCCUGGAUAAACUACUGUGUCUUAAGGAGUCCACAGCUGCUUUCUGGUGUGCUCUCGUGAGACUAUAGUGUUAGCCAAACUGUCAAAGUGCAAUAAGUGAAGAAGAACAUCAGUUUUGUCUCAGCCAGAUUAAAAAAAAAGCCUUUUUUGUUGCAGUGCUCCCUCAGGAAUUAUUAUUCUGUGCAGGAUAAAACAUGAGUCAGAUUAUAUUCUGCAGUUUAACUACAUAAAAAGUCUUGUUUUAAUCUGUAUCAAACAUGCCUGUACUCUCAAGUGUCUCAAAUAAAAGCAUUCGACUCCACACUGAAAAA